CAAAUUUAUAGAGCAGUACGCCCGGUCACAGAAGCAACACCUCGACUGAAGCCUUCAAUUCAGGGCUAAUUAAGGAAACGGAAAGGAACGCAACACGUCAACAAUGUUGCCGUCACGCAAUCAUUUAAUUGCCUUCGUUGUGGUGACAACAUUAGUCUGUUUAACAGUGGGCCAGGAGUCUUCGUUUCUGGCCUCAAUAACUAGUUCAAACAACCAACAGCAGUCGGCAAACGGAACUAGCUUGAACAACGAAACCAUUACAAUUAACAUUAGUGAAAUAAUUGCAGCAGCUGAAGCAGCAUCAAAUGCCACAGAAUCCUCUAGCACUACCUCGACAACUACAGAAGCUACAUCAACAGCAUCAUCUCUAACACCUACAACAGUGUCAGCAAGCACGUCCACUACACAAGCAGGUAUCAGCACAUCCACAGAAGUAUCCACAAGCACACAGUCGGCAUCGACCACUUUGGCAGACACAUCCACCACACCAAACACUCCAACUAUUACAACACGAACUUCAACCACGACAUCACAAUCAACAGCGACACAAGCUCCAACAACAAUACAGCCAACCAUAACAACGACACAAGCUUCAACAACCACAGAACUGCCUACCAGUAGGACUUCAACAACCAUUACAACACCCCAAAGCUCAACAACAACUACUCAGAUUUCAACGGGAACACCGUCAUCAACAACUACACCAUCUUCCACAAUAUCUACUACACAAGCACUAACAACAACAGAACCACAAUCUUCAACAGUUAUUCAAACUUCAACAACAACACUACAACCCACAACUUCAACUUCAACUACGACGCAAUUAACUUCAACCACAUCUACACAAGCUCCGACGACAACACAGUCAACCUCCACAGCUACACAAACUUCAACGACUACACCACAAUCCACACCAACAACUACAAAUCAAAGCUCGACAACUUCACCACAACCGACAACAACAACUACUCCACAACCUUCAACAACAACUACUCAACAACCUACAACAACAACUAAUCCACAACCUACAACUACAACUACUCCACAACCUACAAUAACAACUACUCCACAACCCACAACAACAACUUCUCCACAGCCCACAACAACAACUAUACCUACAACGACAACAACAACUACACAAGCAUCAACAACACCACAGUCCGAAAUAACAACCACUCCAGCAGCAACGACCACCACUGAAAGAGCAACAACAACAAUUGCUGAGAGCACCACCACAUCAACAACAACAUCCAGCUCAACACCAAUUGCUUACACCGUUUACACCAUGGAGCCAUAUCCGAAUAUAUAUGGCCGAUCGAACGAGAUUAGCAAGCCACAGCGAAAAUUGCGAAGGGGGCGUAAAGGGCGCAGAGGCAGGAGACCUCGUCGUCGCACCACCCCGGCACCACUGACAUCCAGCACCACCACAACAACAACCGUCAGGACGACGUUGGGAGGCUUUGACGACUUCAGUGAGGACUACGACGAUCUCGUCCUCAACUCAAACAAUGUAUUGGAACCAUUUCCGCAGUUGCCCCACAAUUUGGAAAAUAGCGACAAUAAUAGAAUCCCCAAGUAACAUUUCAAUUGCACCAUCCUCCAGAGGACUGACACUGAUAACUGGAGUUCCAUUUUUACUUCACAUUUUAUAGGUUAUGUUUACAAAAAUAUAUGUUUUACAAUGCAA